AUGCAGCUGCGAUGGGUGUUGGAGCCGCUGGCCCCUAUAACGUCCAUACACCCCACAGGGCGAAUAGAGCAGCUGCUGAUGCCCCGCGCAGCUCACUCUUUCAGAGCUCUGGCGCCGGAGGCCUCAGACAUAUACCUUGCGAAAACAGCAGCAAGAGCAGCACAAGCAGCAGCAGACGCAGCAGCAGCAGCUGCACCCGCUGCUGCUGCAGCAGCCGGUAGGGAACCUCCCGCCGACGCUGAAGGCACAGCAGCAGCAGAUAUGGAGCAGCAGCGACAGAAACAGGGAGAGCAGCAGCAGGAGGAGCAGCAGCAGCAGCAGAAGAAGGUGCCUCAGCAGCGAAAGCAGCAGCAACAGCCCUACAUGCUGAGAGAGAACUGGAGAGAAGACGGAGACCCCUGGGGCAGCUUGUGUCCCCCGAGUGUAAAAGCUCGCAGACUGAACAGUCUCCUCAGUCGUCGGCUGCUGGUUCUGCUGCCGUCGCCGUGCGGCUCGCUGCUGUUUACACUGGUGCAGCAGAACGAAGUGCACCUGCAGCUGGCAGUGGCGCCCUUGGCUGUCUCUCCCGCUGCAGUGUCUCUUCUGUCUCUCGAGGCGCAGCUGCUGGGGUUGCUUCAGGCGGCGCGUGCAGCGGGAGCAGCACCGCAGGGCUCGCCUGCGUGUGGAGCUGCAGCGGCUACAGCGAGCACUGAAGCAGCAGCAGCAGCAGCAGCAGCAGCAGCAGCAGCGCGGUGCUGCGCUCAAGCGCAUGGCCUGUGGGCCCUCCGAGUGGCACUGCGGGGCCCCUUUCAGCGGCUGCUGCCGGCACAGACAGUCCCCAAAGACAACAACAAAGAGAAGAAGCGCAUGCAGAGAGGAGGGGCUGGAGGAGACAGAGACAGCCGAGACACUCAGGGAUCAAGACGGCUCGGUGAAGACGACGAAUUCUCUCUUGCCUCUGAUUGGGACACAGACAGCGCGGAUGCAGCCGUUGCACCAGCAGCAGCAGCAUCUGCAGCAUCACCAGCUGCUGCUGCUGCUGCUGCGGACCCCCUCUCAAGCCAGAUACCCAGCAUAGGAGGGGGUACAGGGGAGGGGACAGUCUCUGUGGACUCGUCCAGUGGGGUCGCGGCCUCAGCGGCGCUGCUGGCGGAGAUAUUUCUUGAGCCGAAGGAGACAGCAGCGUCUCUGUGUCUGCUGCAAGGCUCUCAUCGGCACCCUGCAGCGGCAGCUGAAGUACCUGUAGCAGUAGCAGCAACAUCAGCAGCAGCAGAAGCAGCAGCAGCAGAGACCGCAGUGACAGCUGCAGCAGAGACAGACACAGGGGCAGUGGCAGUGAGGAGUAUAUUGAGAGCCGUUUGGGUGAUGGCGCUGCAAGGAGGAGACAACGGGCAGGAGGUAGACAGGGGCGGCCUGUGGUCAGCCCUCUUGGAGACAGCAGAGGCGAUGAGUCUGCUGCGCUUUGUGGGGCCCAGCGAGCCUGUUGCUGCUGCAGAUGCAGCAGCAGCAGCAGCAGCGCACAGCCACGACGCAGGCUAUGCAACAGAGGGGCCUCUUGCUGCUGCGGCUCGCUGGAGCAGCAGUUGCUGCAGCAGGGGGAUCGCAGCGUCUCUCUAUCAACGGCGCAGUAUUGUUGCUGCUGCUGCCUCGCGGGUUUGCUCUAUAUUUUCAGCUAUUACGGGGGAAAUACAAAGACAGGAGGCUGCGCUGCUGCUGCUGCAGCACAUGCAUGCACUCACAGCUUGUCUGCUGAAGCGCAGCAACGCGGCGAACUGCGGGGCCUUUCUCAAGCCCGUGUCGUCCACAAGUCAGCAGCAACAGCUGCCGCUGCUCCUCCCCCAAGACACGCUGCCUACGAGACACCUGAGGAAUAGAAGCAGCAGCUGCAGCAGCAGCAGCAGUGAGGGUUUGAGCUGUUACGACGGUGGCAGCUGCAGCACCAGCACCAGCCCGUCCCCGCUGUUUCAGGUGGUUGUUGUAGGCGAAGAGUGCAUGCAUAAGCUCAUCAUGGGGCGCAGCGGCGGGCUAGGGAUGCCGAGGGGUGCUGCUGCUGCUGAAGCAGUAAAGGCGGGAAAGGCACUGCUGGCUGCCUGCCCCCUCUGUGAGAGUGAAGGCUGCAGCAGCUCGCAGCCCUUCCGCUGCUACAUCUGUGCUGCCUAUGGCCACCGCUUCCCUGCGUGUGCUCAGUGCCUCAGGUGUCUGUACACCGAAAAUGAAGGGGCCGCAGGGGCGCCUCUGCCCGGCGGUGCUGAACACUUAGUGGACGCAGCGGACUGUCAACCUGCUGCUGCUGCUGCUGCUGCUGCUGCUGCUUCCAAGCAGCACAACAUUACUUUUUUCUACUGUAUCCUGUGUGGUGCCUUUGUAUGCGGAGUGCAGCCGCAGCAGGAGCAGCAGCAGCAGCAGCAGCAGCAGCAGCAGCAACAGCAGGGACACGACCAGCGGCAGAGACAGAACGUGGGUGCUUCUUUGACAGAACAGGCAGAACAGAAGCCCAAGAGGGCGAGAGGAGCCAGCGGAAACAACAGGUGCGAGCCUGCCGAGCACAGCGAAACAGGGCCGGAGCAGCAGCAACAGGAGCAGCAGCAACAGGAGCAGCAGCAACAGGAGCAGCAACUGCUGCUUGAGGGAGACGAACAGCAGCACGAACACCUGCAGCAAGCAACCCGCUUACAGAAGGAAGAUCUGCUUCCAAGCAGCACAGCAGAGAGCAAAGGGCCUCCUGCAUUCACUGCUGCUGCUAGGAUGAGCAGCAGCAGCAACAGCAGCAACAACAGCAGCAGCAACAGCAACAGCCACAUUGACAAUGGCUGCACCCUCCUCACCGGAGAAGGCAACAGCACCAUGGCCGAAGUGAACCUCGACUCUGUGGUGCUGCUGGCCAUUGCUGCUCACGCAGCACGCAUCCAGGUUUGGCAGCAGCAGCAGCAGCAGCAGCAGCAACAGCAGCAACAGCAGCAGCAAGACGACGUUCCUACUGGCGCUGUAGUGGGCCUUCUCCUCGGCCCAGCCGGAGAGAGCCGAGACUAUGGGGCUAUGGCUGUAACGGAGAGUGUAGAGCUGCCUUUAUCUUUGCUGCAGCAGGACAAGAGCAGCAGCUGCUGCCAGCAGCUGCUGCAGCGCCAGCACCAUCAGCUGUACCUGCAGCAGCAGCAGCAGCGUGAUACAGGAGGCGGUGUCUCUGCGUCUCCGCUGCAGCAGAAACUGCCUCAGGCGCUCACAGCUCUGCUGACGCAGACGAAGUGGGGCUAUGAGUUUCCUUUGCUGGUUGUUUUCGACUAUGGAGCGCUUGCCGCUUCUGGGGUGUAUAAACCCCCCACCAAGUGUUUUCUUUGCGUGCCGAGCAGCACCAGCAGUAGCAACAGCAGCAGCAGCAACAGCAGCAGCAGCAACAGCAGCAAGGGCAGCAGCAGCUGCAGCUGCAGCUGCAGCAGCAGCGGUGCUAAGGAUCUGCAGCUCAGGCCUGCGCACUUGAGGGUUCAAACGAGCCUCAUGGGGAAAAUAGCUGCAGAGGCUGUGGUGAAGGGGACAGAAGCAGUUGGGGCUGUGACGGAGAGAAAGGGACAGACAACUGCAGCAGCAGCAGCAGCAGCAGCAGCUCCAGCAAGACUGCAGCAGCAGAUCGAGGCGCUUGAGUGCUGCAGCCACAAUGUCCAGCGGCUUAUCCAAUACUUGCAGGACGUCAAAUCAGGCGCACGGAAACCUCAUCCUGCUUUGAUGCGCGAGGCCUUGGGUGUAUGUAAGCGACUCUGCAAACCCGAGACGCCUGAGCCCACAGCAGCAAACAGCACAGCAGCAGCUGCUGCUGCAGCUGUUGCUGCUGCUGCGGCUGACGAUGACUACUUUGCGGCUCUUGAUGUCUCAGGAGAUGCAGGGGAAAGCAGUGCCACUAGCAGCAGCAUUGCAACUAGCGUUAAGACCGUGCGUGCCCUGCAGCAGCUGCUGCAGCAGCUGCUGCCGUUGAGCAUGUGGGGCCCGCUCCUGGAAGAGCAGCAACAUCAGCAGCCGCAGCAAUCGGCAGAAACACAGAAUCAGCAGCAGCAGGAGCAGCAGUCGCCCGAAGCACAGAAUUCACAGCAGCAGCAGCAGCAGCAGUCGCCAAGAGCGCAGGAUUCGCAGCAGCAGCAGAAGCAGCAGCCGCCAGUUCGUUUGUGGCCAAAGUACCUCUGCUCUCUGAAAGAGCAAGAGACGGAGACGGCAGCUAUGGCAAUAUUAGGGAAAGCCACGAUGGGGCUUGCUGCAGCGCAUGCAGCUGCUAUUGAGCAGAGCGAUACCGCAGCGGCCCUGAGGGCAAUGCAGCAACUUCUUAGUACAGAGGAUGACAUGUAG